AUGCAUAUCCAGAGUUCCGUCGGCGAGUCCUUGUCCAUGGCCUCAAACCUCAGCUGGAACACCUUUCUCUCCCGAACAUCAGUUACAAGCUUAACGCGCGCUGCCUUCUCCGACAACAACCGUGGCACCAUCCAAGGUUUCGACGACGUCCUUCGAGUUCUCAAGACACUGGACCUUCCAUCCUUCCGUUAUAACGAGAUAGAGAGGGAGGAAGUUGUUGGAGAAGGCGAGACAUACCUUGUGGAGCGAUGCUUCAUCAAGAACAAUGUUCUCGCCGUCAAGCACUUGAAGAUCAAUGCAGCACCAAACGACUCGACGCUGAAGAGGCGUCUCCAAGCAGCUGUGCUCGAAUUGUGCGUUAUGCGGCACCGACCCCUGCGAAACCAUCCCAAUAUUCCCGCCGUCUUUGGCUAUGGAUGGAACCAGUCUGGAACGCAACCGCUACCAUACUUAUUGGUCCAAUACUCCCGCCAUGGUACACUUCGUCAGUACCUUCACCAUGUUGGCUCCGAAAUCCUCCCGACUGCAAAGGAGAUUCUGAUUGGCGAUGUCGCCUCCGGAUUGUCGGCGUUGCAUACUUGCAAGAUCAUCCAUGGAGAUGUAAAGAUGGAUAAUGUCCUCGUCUUCCACUCCUGGGAUCGACCAGCCAAAGCAUUAGCUAAGCUGAGUGACUUUGGCCAUUCCUUCAUUAUCGCUGGCGCAGAGGAUAAACAAGGGACCGAGUCGGCGAGAUACGGCGGAACUUAUCUUUAUAACGCCCCCGAAGUCCACGACCAAGAGAAUUGCCCGAUUGACCAAUCUGAUUUGCACAAGUGUGACGUUUGGGCAUUCGGCUUGCUCGCCUGGGAAGUGUUUCUCAAUGGCAAAGAAUACAUCACUGCCCUAGGGGAUACUCAACAAGACGCCGAAGACAGUCGCAAAUUCUCCCCGGAGGAGUGUGCGAAGUUGGUUCAACUUGCAAAAGAGUCUAUACCCUUUUCCAAACACCACAUUCGCGGUUCCGUUCUUCGGGCUAUUUUCCCGAUGACUAUGCAAUGGGAUCCGACCAAGCGUGUCUCAAAUCUCACAAAACUUCCAGUGAUGACAAAUUGGCACUUCUCCGAUAUCCAUGGGUUUCAAGGAGAGUUGGCAUUGCAUCUGGAGAGUUCAAACUGGUCUUAUGAGGUAUUUCCAUAUUUCACUCCUGAAACGGGCAGCGAAAUCCCAUGGGAACACGAAGAACAGAUCUUUCUCGGACUCAAGCGUCUGUGCAGCAGUAGCCCGACCCUUGAUAGAGCGGCCGCUACCUGGCAGAUGGCCCUGUGCUAUCAUGUUGGUUUUGGAACCUCGCGCAAUACAUUGACUGCAUUCCAGUUUGCCCAAACUGCGGAAGACCUCGGCCAUACUGUUGCGAAGGCCUUUUCAGGGCUGCUGGCACCACAGUCUGAUGCUUCCUCAAGCACCCAGUACGGUGCCCAGGUGGCGGAGUUACUUCGCCGGAGAGAGUCCUGUUCUCUUCCCCGGGAUUGA